GACUUUUCACUUUCCUUUUUUCUUCUCCCUCUCUCACCACUAUCACCUCAAUAGUCACUUCUGAAAAAAAACCACGAAAAGUCGACCGUUGAGACUCCACCUCUCACUCUCACUCUCACUCGCCCACUCACCGCUGUUCGCUCUCAACAGGACGGCCGUCAAAGAAGCCGAUUGUGAGAGAGUUGAACUAAGAACAAAGAAAAGAAACGAAAAUGGCGACUCUGGACAGCCGAUCACCGGGACGGGACCCACCAGCAAUCGACGGGAACAUUGGCGUUCAGACGCCCAAGAUUUCUGUCUACGAACAGACGAGAGAAGAGAGAAUCAGAGCCAACUUGGAGAGGAUGCAGAAACUCGGCCUCAAGGAGCUCUCUCUGAACCUCAAUCCUCUUUCCCGGACCAAACCCAAGCAGCAGCGCAAAAGCUACACUAAGUUCUCCGAGAGGCCCGAGCUUUCUUCCCCACGCCGCCGCUCGUCUAGGCUGCAAAAUGUACAGCCCCCUAGCUAUUCAGAAGGGAGGAAGUCAAAAAGGGAUGCGCUGGAUGAUGAUGAAGGUGCGGAUCGCAGAGCUGGGGGUAGCAAGCCGGAGGUUUACACUGAAGAGCAGGUUAAGAGGCUGGGAGGCACCGAGAGGACCUGGACACUUUUCGUGGAUGGAUAUGGGAAUGAUGGGAGAAGAAUUUAUGAUCCCAUCAAUGGCAAGACUUGCCACCAGUGCAGGCAGAAAACUCUUGGCCAUCGCACUCACUGUAGCAGUUGCCAAAGGGUGCAAGGGCAGUUUUGUGGAGAUUGCUUGUACAUGAGAUAUGGUGAGCAUGUACUUGAAGCCUUAGAAGAUCCGAACUGGAUAUGCCCAGUCUGCCGCGGGAUUUGCAACUGCAGCUUUUGUCGACAAGCAAAAGGGUUUGCUCCCACUGGAAUUAUGUACAGAAAGAUAUCAAGCUUGGGGUACAAGUCAGUUGCACACUACCUCAUGCAGACCCAAUGUCCAGAAACCAAUGUUGUUGCCAAUACAAGCUCAGUUCCUCUAAGUGAAGAGUCUGCUAAAAGCUCAAUUGCAUUUUCAGAUACCGAAGUAGCAGCACCAGAGGACCCUUGUGAAAUCGAGCAUCAACAAGAUACACCAGUUAAGCAACCUCAUUCUGAAGAACUCAAACCAGGCAGCGAAACUCCAGUUUUGAAUAGCGAGAUAAAGAGAUUGGUGUGGAUGGAGGGUGAAGUAGAUUGUGACUAUUCAAAAUUUAUAUCAGCAACUCUUCCUAAAAGUGAAGGGAGGAUUGAAAACAAACUCAAAUAUGAAGAAGAGAAAGAUGAAAUGGUUACGGACUUGGAGGCGGGGCAGAGGAGGCCAAGCAGGAGACUCGAUGUAAGUGAUGAUCACAAUGAGGUUGAAAUAACAAUGGUGAAGGAGGGUAAAGCUUCUGGUGGCACCAUGAUGAACCAAGCCACUGCACCGAGCCCCAACAGCAUUGGUGGAAGGCUUCGUCGAAGGAGCGGAUUAGGACCUUCUGGUGGCAUCACUAUUAACCAAGCUGCUGCACCAAGUCCCGAUAGCAUCGGUGCAAGGCUGCGUCAAAGGCGCAGAUUAGGUGCUUAAAUGAUCUAGUCAUGGAGAAGAAGACACAGAACAAGAUGAAGAUUUUUUUGGGUAGGGGAUGGUCUUGUGUCUUUAUUUUGUGAAGCGGAUUGUAGAAGUGUUACUUCCUGAACUAUCAAAGCACUAGCCUGUAUGAUAUGGGUCAUUAGGAAUCUGUUUUGGCAUUGUGGUAGAAGAUGUAAUGUAGUUUGAAGACAUUGUUAGUUCUAGUUUUAAUGUUUUAUCAACAUUCUAGGUUUGCUCUUAUGGGAUUGGUGCAAAGAUGUUGGGCCGAAAGAAACCGGAACCGGAGUUACCGGUUCAACCUCCAUGCCGGGCCAAAACGGUAGAUCGGUUUACCAAAAGAAAACCAAACCUCUAUU